AUGGCUAUACGUAUUGGAAGAAAUGGAUCAUUAUUUUUUGGACAAUUAGCGUUAAGUUUAAUGCAAUCACUAUUUAUGUUUUCAUAUGUUAAAGUUUUCCUAAACAUUUAUCAUAUUUCACAAUAUUGGUUUAGUAUAGGACAAGUAUUUUUUAUGAUAUGGAAUGCAAUAAAUGAUCCAAUAUUUGGGUACUUACAGGAUUUUGGUAGCAAUUGGAUGCGCCAUAGAAAUAGAGUAUUUUUAAUAUUUGGACCACUCCUUGUUAUUAGUUUUUUAUCAUUAUGGUUUCCAUGGUCUACAGAUGAGAAAUCAUCAACAUUACAAGGAUGUCAUUUAAUAUUUAGUCUUUUUUUUUAUGAUGCAUUUUACAGUUGUUUGUCAGUGGCAUGGGGAGCAUUGUUUGCUGAUUCAUCCAAUAAUCAUAGAAAAAGAGUACAGGGUAUGAAAUAUUCUCAAUUAGCAAUUUUGAUUAGUGUUAAUGUUAUUGGUUUAGCAGAUAAAGUUUCAAAUAACUUAACUAAUUUUUCAAAUUUUCAAAAUGUUACAAUUGUUGUUGGUUUUCUUUCAAUUAUUUUUUUAUACUUUACUGGUAUCGGAGAAAGCAAUAGCAUUUUAAAUUAUCGAAAAAAUGGUUGUGAAUUACAUAUCAAAGAUGAUGAAUCACAAUCUAUGUCAUUAAAGGAAAUAAUUAAAUUGUCUAAACAAAUUUUAAAAGCAAAAGAUUUUCAAAUAAUAACUUUGACGUCAUUUCUUCAUAAUUGUAGAUCUGUUGCUCAUUUAAACUUUCUUUCAAUUGCAUUAGAUUUACUUAUACCAAAAACUAUUUUUUCUGAAACAUCAUGGAAAAGACCACUUUUUGUUAUUUUAAUAGCACUUGGUCCUCAAAUAAUAAUAAUAUUAUCUGAAAAAUUAGUUGUACAUUAUGGAACAUAUAGAACGAUGAUGUUCUCAUUUGUUAUUUCAAUACUUUCCUCAAUAUUUUAUUUGUUCUGGUCUUCGCCAAGAGUGAUAUUAAUUUUUAUGGUUAUUGAUGCAAUAACUGUUCACUCAUUUGCACCAUUAUUUAAUAUUCUUUUGUCAGAAUUUAUUGCUGAUGAUGCUCGAAGAUAUUCACGUUCAAAAUACUUGUCAUCUUUUGUCUUUUCAAUCAAUUCAUUACUUAUGAAACCAGCACAAUCAAUCUCACCUAUUAUCAUUGUUUCAUAUCUUAAUUCAUCUGGUUAUCAAAAAUAUAUUACAAAGGUGUUAACACAAACAUCACCAGAUUUUGUAAAUCUUAAAUACUCUAUGGCAAUUAUUUUAUUCUUUACUCCUUUUUUAAUUGGAUUAAUACAAUAUUUUGUUUUUAAAAGAUAUUCAAUACAACACAAUACAACUAUUAAUAAAGACAGUAUUUUAUUAAAAAUAUAA